AUGUGGACAGAACACACCUUCAUUGAUUCAAGUGCUUCCCUCUCACACGUCCGAAGCGGGUAUUUUAUAGGGAUUUCGUGUGUUGUACACUGCUCUGACGGGUGGGAUCGUACCUCACAGACGGUAUCACUAGCGCAGCUGAUCCUCGAUCCUUUCUACCGUACCAUCCAUGGCUUUCAGGUAUUGAUAGAAAAGGAUUGGCUGGGAUUCGGUCAUAAAUUCGACGAUAGAUGUGCUCACAUCGGUGCAUUGAAUGACGAGGCGGCCAAGGAAGUUUCUCCGGUGUUUUCUCAAUUCUUGGAUUGCGUGCAUCAAAUAGCAACACAACGACCCAGGGCUUUCCAGUUCAAUGACCGAUUCCUCAUAGAGAUUCACGAGCACGCCUAUUCCUGUCAGUUCGGAACGUUCAUUGGAAAUUGUGAGAAGGAUCGGAAGGACUUGAACGUUACAAAGCGAACGAAGUCAUUGUGGACUUAUAUGGAUCAGCGUCAGGACGACUAUCUUAAUCCCUUCUAUGAGCCUACAACGUUUGGCGUGUUGGCUGAUUUGGAGACCCGCGCAUCGGAAUUUCGGGUGUGGCAUUCGCUUUACAAUCGCUUCGAUGAAGGGAUCCUCCCUCGGGAAAAUAUGACUGACAUGGUGAUGGCAUCAAUGGAGCAUGUCGGCGUGCUGGAAAGUCAUAUAGCUGCCUUGAGAAAUCGAAUCGCUGAGCUGAAAAGCCAGCUGGGUAAAGGGAGUUCCGGUGGCUGUAAUAAUUCCAUGGCAGACAGCGGUCACAGCAGUGGAACUGGUCAGUCCGAAGAAAGGCUUGCCUGCAACGACCACCGGCCACCGUCACGCGAGAGCGGUGUUUAUGAUCAGAGUUCGGCUCUUUCGGAGGAGGCUUUGAUGCGAUUUCCUCUUCGAUGGCAGCCACUCAGAGAUGCAACCCACUGCAGUGCGAAAUCA